UGGUUUACACUGUUCCGAACCACAUCUGUUUUUUUAUCUGUGCAGAUAACAGCAAUAGUAUUUUACCGUUUCGGCUGAAAGCAGCAAGGAAAGCAAUCCGGUUUCUUUCAAAAUUGCCUCAGCAAAUGACAACAUUGCUGAAGGUUUAGUCACCUGCUUGUGUUUGUCAAGGGCUGGUACAGUAAUGUAGACAAACUGGAAAACCUGGUAUUGCACAGCUGAGGGCUGUAGUUCUGGCGACUAGGCAAAUCGAUACUUCCUCCUCCUCCCAUUCCUCCGUAGCUACUGCAGAUGACAUUAUUUUUCCUUUCAAGGAAUUCCCCUUAUUUAUCAGUGUUUUGAGAUCACUCCUGUGAAAACUGUCCCAGUGCUCACUGUUACCGUCUCCAGCCUCAUACCAGCAGUGCUGCUGAAAACAGAAGGAAAUGAGUUGCCUCCGUGCGUGCUUCAGAGACAGAGGUCCUCGCGCAGAGACAGAAGCUAUGAAAAGGCAAAGCUCUGGUCAGGAGUGUGAGGCUAUUGAAUUGCAAGAAGAUAACGUGGAGGAAAGCGAGGCUGGUCAUGACAAGCCUCUAAAUACUCAAACAAGAAAGGAGGGAGAUCACUGGAAAUCAUGCGGGAAUGUAGUUUUCUGGAAGUGUAAACUAUGGAUGGUUAUAACUACAAUUUUUGUAGUAUUCUUCCUGGUCAUUCUCAUCAGCCUAAUUCUUUAUUCUAAUGUUUACACAGAUGAGGAUGACUAUUGGGACCCUGAUGUGCUACUAAAUAGUGGAAAUUGUCGCAAUUUCUCGGGAACCUUGGAGUUAAUGUGUGGUCUCCCACACCUUUUCUCUGAAGACAUUACUAAGAGGUUAACAGAUGUCUACCGUUCAUCUCCAGCUCUAGGACGCUACUUUAGGUCUGCUCAGGUGUUUUAUUCCAGUAAUGAAAACUCCACUGUAUUUUAUCAGCUAGAGUUUUCUGUACCACCAUCAACAGAGGGGUUUAUGGAAAGCACAAUGAACCCAGAUUUUAUAAGAAACGUUUUACGUCAAAGUAUUUAUGAUGAAGAUGAUACUUCUAAUCCUGGGACAUCUGAAUGUAACAGGUUGAGGCUUGACCCAACUUCUCUCACAUUAACAUGUAAGUACUGUACAUUAGAGAGAUUGUUUCUUUACAAAGAGCAGAAUUAUUUACUUGAAAGGAGGGAAAUCUUCCUGGAAAGAUGUUGAGAUUUGUUAGUAAAUAUAUUUUGUACAACAGUAUUAAGAAAAUUGUAAAAUAAUUCAGUUUUUGAGGAAGCCUUGCUAUGCUUAGUUUAUAACCUAGGAUUCACUGUUUGGUCCCCUGAUGAGAAAGGGAAUAGUGAUGAGAGUGGUUAACUAUGGACUCCAACCAAACUUUUCAGAUCUCCUCUUGCAAAUUAAUUAAAAAUGUUUCUCGUUACUCUUUAUUCAUAUUUGAAUGCUUAUAAAACAAAUUUUAAUUAAAGUAAAACAGGAUAAGUAAUUUGGAUGCGAACUUCUGCUUUUUUCACAGUCAAGGAUGCAAAAGCCUCCCAAUUUUUGUCUUUUCAGAGCUUUUUGGGAAAAUUUAUUAUGCACAGAGAUAUCUUUUAAAGGAACCACAUGUUCAUUCUUCCAGCUUUUCUAGGUAGUGAUUACAAUGGCUACCAGUGACUAGGUAGUGACUCCAAUGCACUGAGAUUUGUCUUGAUUGAAAUGUCAGUGUAAAAGCCCUAUGUGCUUUGCAGUUUUACUGAAAACAAUAUGUGGAGCUCCUUCUCCCCAUCCUCAGCUUACUGAGCCACACCUAAAUUCUUCAGAAUAAUUCUAGGCUAACACAUCAGCAUACAAGGUAUGUAAGUAUGAUUUGCGAUUAACUCUUAUUGAUUUUUUUUGGUACCCUUAUCAAGGGACAAGAGAGCAACAAGUAAUGAGUUCCAAUUCUCAGUACAAUUUUCUUCGUUAUAUAUUGAUAGGAUUAAUAGAAAAUGCAAUGUAAAAGGGACAGGAAAGCAUAUGCUGAAAUGUCUAACUGAAGUUUCAUUUUAAUGUUAAUAAUGUACUGUUUUAACUUUCAGAGAAAUGAUGGAAAGACUCCUCAUCUUCCUCACCACCUAGAAGGCAUGGACUUCUCCUAUCUAUUAGUAAUCCCAGGGUAGGGAGCUAUUUGUUAGGUAGAAACACUUCUAAAGAUGUCGUCCUGCAAAUACUGUCUCUGAUGUGAUACUGUAAAUGGAAAAUGUGGUAUAUUUGUAACAGUGUUGUACUUCUAUAACACCGCUACCUCCUCCUUUAUUGUCCUGAUCUCUCAUAACCCAUUUCACUCUUGUGAAAAUGUUGUAUCUGGUCUGAUGCAUGCUCUGUUGGCUUUGAAACUUCUGCUUUGUCUUGCCGUACAAUUAAAUCUGAAUUCCCUGCACAAGCUUUUAAAGCAGGCUUGCACAUGGCUCCAUUCUUCUCUUGGCUUAUCCAAAAAUAUCUGCACAGCUUCAUCCUUAAUGCUCGUUUCCACCCAUGCUCAUGUCUGUUACUUUUUUCCCUGCUAACUUCAUAUGCUGUGUUUCCCCGUUGUUCUUUCCUCAUAAAACAGCCUGAAAGCUUAAAUAUCUUCUUUAAUUGCAUGCAAGACCUUUGCACUAUCUUCUUAAGUGAGAUUCAACUCUCACUGUUCCCUUGUUCAUCCUACAGUGUUCCUGGAUAAAGUGGUAUCUGCUCUAUUUUUCUCUUCUGUAGUGUGAAAUAGAAAUGAAGGAAGAAACACCAGGAAGAAACAUGUCUUGUUCACUAAUGCAUCUGAUUGCCACAGGAAUCUUUCGAGGGUCAAAUUAGCUGAGGGCUUUAAUAAUUAGCCACUGGUACUAGUGAAUAGGCAUCUAUUUGACCCACAUUUGUAAAUUCGAAGAGAAACUAGUCUAUAUACUAAAUUAUGGUCCCUAUCCCAGCAGUGGGGAUAAAAAUGAACAGAUGCAAGAUAUUUGCCUUAAUAAGGCAGCAAAUAGUUGUUCUUGUUGACAAGAGAUCAGGUGAGAUGGACCAAUGCUAAGAGGAAGGUGCUGAAGCAGACCAUGUAGGCCAGUGUGGCUUGAGAAUUAUAGCCGGUAACUGGCUAUAAUAUGAAAAUUAAAAAACAAGCAUUAACUUUACACAGAAUGCAACGGAUUCACUACCAUGUUAGUGAAGUAUAGCUUCUUGUCAUUUGUUUAUAGCCAGUAUAAAUGUUAGUACUGUUGGAUAGAGAAACUUAUUUUAAGAAACCUUUUGUAUUGUGAGAAAUACCU